GGUCGAACGGGUCCCCAAAGAAGAGAUCGUCGGUUGGAUUUGGUAUCAACGGCUCUGUACCGGAUUUCCACGAGUUUAUUUUUUAACGAUCGGAGCUCGUCUUCGAGUCCUUUCUUCCCGAGGUCCUCUUCGCUUCCUUCGAUCUUGAUUUCAGCCUCCGUGGCAGAUCACGGAUCGUGUUCCUUUUUCUCUUUUUCCUUUGCCGAAAGGAUUAGGUCAUAUUGCGUUAAGAAGGUGCUUCUUUCUAGAUCUGGGCCGACAAGUGGACAACCCAGAGCCAUAGUAAUUUGGUUCCAGGGUUCUUCAUGAAUUCAAGAAAUCGAUCGGAAUCGGAGAAAUAAAUAAUGAAAUAUGGUAAGCUGCCGGUAUUCAUUGUAGUUUUUUUUUUUCGCUUCUUGUGGAAAAAAAAUAAAAAAGGAUGAGGUUCUACCAUAUUUCUUGGUUCGGAUGAACUAGUAAGUCUUUCAAGAGGUGGAGAAAUUAGGGCGCGUCAUGGAGUUCGCUAGCAUUAGAAUCUCGUGAUUUUGGGAAAAGAAGCGAGUGGGAUGAAGCGGAGGAGUUACCCGGUCCGAUGGAGCACGCAGUUUAUAGUGAUUCUUCUUCUGUGCUUCUCCGUCGCGAGCCUGGUGGUGAUGCAGGGGCGGUACAGCCUAGUUAUGAAGUUGAGUACAGGGGCAUCUCCGCCGCCGGUCCAGAAGCCCAAGAUCGCGUUUCUAUUUAUAGCAAGGAAUCGGCUUCCCUUGGACAUGGUUUGGGAUGCCUUCUUCCAGGGCGAGAAGGAGGGUAGAUUCUCGAUCUAUGUUCAUUCUAGGCCUGGCUUUCUCUUCAAUAAGGCGACAACACAAUCUGCAUUUUUUUACGGCCGUCAGGUCAACAACAGUAUACAGGUAGAUUGGGGAGAAGCAAGCAUGAUCCAAGCAGAGCGUAUUUUGCUUAGAAAUGCACUCAAGGAUUCUUUUAAUAAGAGAUUUGUUUUCCUUUCUGACAGCUGCAUACCCCUAUACAAUUUCAGCCAUACAUAUGACUAUAUAAUGUCUACAUCAACUAGCUUUAUAGACAGUUUUGCGGACACAAAAGAGGGUCGUUAUAAUCCAAAAAUGUAUCCAGUUAUUCCAGUACAUAAUUGGAGGAAAGGAUCUCAGUGGGCUGUUUUAAUUAGAAAGCAUGCUGUGAUAAUGGUGAAUGAUGAUACCGUAUUCCCUGAAUUUCAAAAGCAUUGCAGGAGGAGGUCAUUACCGGAAUUUUGGCGGGAUCAUCCUCUUCCUUCAGAUGCUUCCAAGGAACACAACUGCAUACCAGAUGAGCAUUAUCUUCAAACAUUGGUUGCACAAAAAGGUCUUGAAGGGGAAAUCACUCGGAGAGCUCUGACACAUACUUCAUGGGAUCUUUUAUCUUCCAAAGAUCGUGAAAGGCGUGGGUGGCAUCCUGUGACGUACAAGCUUUCAGAUGUUACUCCCAUGCUUAUUAAAUCUAUAAAGAACAUAGAUAAUGUGUACUACGAGACUGAAUACAGGAGGGAAUGGUGUAGAAGCAAAGGGAAGCCGGCACCAUGUUUCCUCUUCGCGAGGAAGUUCACACGCCCUGCUGCCCCCAGGCUUCUUAACAUGUCUGCACCUGUAAAUUGAUUUAGAGUCCGGUAUCAACACGAAUGGGUUGCUUCAGGCUUCCAUUCAGGAGGACGACUACAGAAUUUGUAAAUGAUAAAUAAUGAUUUCUUCUCCAUGUAUUUGUUUGUACGGCAGGCAAUAUCUUUUUGAAGCAUCUAAUACCCCAAUUAGACAGCGCAACUGUUGCUUUGAACAGAUGUUACUCUUGUAAUAGAUUCCUAGUUGGGUUUAGAAACGUCAGUUAUUGUCAUA